CCAAAAAACUGCUACUAUUCUUAACAAACAAAAGUUUAUUGUAACAGUAGCUAUUGGCUAUCCUUCUGCUCCUUUUUUACCUGGUUACCAAUGUUAUUAUGAUAGUAUAAUUUUAGAAAUUGUUGCUAAUCCAACUGUAGGUAGAUUUAAUAUUACUCCAUGGCCAUUCGACAAAUUAGAGAUUUGGACAUAUGCUAAUUCAGCAAACAAAGAUAAAGAAAUAUUACAAACUUUAUAUAAAAUAGGGUUUUUAGUACCGAUACCAAAGAAUAUGCCUAAUACUACACAAAUAUUCUGGUCCUGUUUUCAAUUAGAUGAAUCUCGAAAAUAUGCAAUAACCAAUAGAUAUAGUGCACCAUCACUUACCAUGCCUGUUAUUCAUCGUGUUCAAUUUUCAUCUGAAAGUUUAAUACAAUUUGAUCAAUUUUUUAUGCAUAAAGAUAAUAUUUCACAAAGUAGUUACAAAACUGAAACUUUAACCGAUUUACUUGUAUUUCAUACGAAAUUUGUUUUGAGUUGGGUCCUUCAAGAGAAUCUAAAAGUUAAUCAAAAGGAAUCAGUAAAACGAUUAACUGAGCAAGUAAAAAAACUUUUAGGAGUUAUGUUUCAUUCUGGAGUAAUGAAUUCAAAAUUAAAAAUAAAUGCUGCAGAAAUGCAUGCUGAAUUAUUACAGCAUGCUCACCAGAGAAAAAUUCAGCAACAUGAUAUACCAAAGAUAUCUACGAUAGCUAAUUGGAUUACAAAAACUUCUCAAACUGUUAAACAUAAUAUAGCAUUAGAGUUUUUGGAGAAGAAUAAUAUGUUCAAAGUUCAAUCAUAA